GCCCAUUUCAGCACAUGCACGAUUGAUAAGAAGAGGGGUUCACGAAUGCUACUCUGCGAUAAUCCCUGGUGAUUGUCGUCAUUGAGAGAAGACUAACGAUUCUUGAUCUCCGGUGAAGGGAUUCGGUGUCCAAUCACUGCUGAGAUGAUUACCCACGAGCCCGGCCGUCUGAAGAACGCACGUGGCGAGCGUCCUUUCAGAGCGAGAAACAAACGGCCUGAGAUGGAAGCUGCGGAAGCUCAUCCUAGUAUUCUCACGCAUGUAAACUUUUGUAAACAGAAGCUCAUAAAUGGCGGCUUCCGCCGUCAAAGCUUAAUGAUGUUCCUUUCUUGGCAACCAAAAGGUCAACGCUUCGUGGUCAAUCCAUUCGCGUCUCAAUUUUCUAGAGCGUGAUAGCCACAGUCAUCAUGGUUCAGCCCAUCUUUGCUGUCUUGGCUCUAGCCACUACGGCAUCGGCUGCCUUCACAGGUAACCUCAACUACCUGUCGCCGUCGAAGCACCAUGCGUCACUUGGUGUCUCCAUCAACAAGGUCGCUAAGCGCACCUACGCCAACUCCCAGUGGGAUCCUGCCAAGCUGAACUUCACGCACGGCGUGGCUUCCGGUGAUCCGUACGAGGACAGCGUCAUCCUGUGGACGCGAGCUGCUCCGACAGCUGACAAUGACAAGAGCAACUUGACUGUCAGCGGCUACGUUCCUCUGUACGACCACAGCACCGAGGAUUAUGUCAAGAAGAGCGACUCUCCGGUCUGCGUUGAUUGGAAAAUUAGCACGAGCAAGACUCUCGAUGCUGUUAUUGAUUCGGGUACUGCUUACACGAGCUCUGACGUGGAUUACACCGUCAAGGUUGAAGCCAAGCGAUUGGCGCCUUUCACGGUCUACUACUAUCAGUUUGGUAUUUGCAACUCAAACAAGACGUCCCCGAUUGGUCGCACAAAGACGAUUCCUUCAAAGAACUCCCGAGUUGAAACACCAAUCAAGCUUGCCGUCUACUCAUGCAGCAACUACCCUUUCGGUUUCUUCAACGCGUACGGCAACCCAGUCCGAAAGGAUUCGGUCGACUACGUGAUUCAUCUUGGAGACUACAUCUACGAGUACGGCAAUGGCGAGUAUGGUUGGGGCAACUCAAUCGGAAGAAUCCCUCUUCCCGAUCGCCAGAUCUUCACUUUGUAUGACUACCGCAAGCGCAUCGCAACCUACAGAACCGAUCUGGACUUGGUAGCCAGCCACCAGAGCUUCCCCUGGAUCCCGGUUUGGGACGACCACGAGGUUUCGGACAACACGUGGCGAGAUGGUGCCUCUGAACUUAACAACACUGAGGAUUCUUUCAUUGCCGAUGGAGGUGUCUCGGUCGAUCAGCGCAAGAUGAACGCCGUUCGAGCAUACUUUGAGUGGAUGCCCAUUCGCCAGGUCGAUAUGGAUGAUAACCUCCGCAUCUGGAGAGAGUUCAACUUCGGCAACCUGUUCGAUCUUGUGAUGUUGGAUACUCGCCAGUACGAUCGCGCUAUCACGGAUGUCUACACCAAUACCGAUUACAUCCACGCCAUCUCCAACGACGCAAGCCGCUCCCUCAUGGGCCCGCGCCAGGAAGCCUGGUUCUACAAAACCCUCCGCCAAAGCUCGACCCGCGGCGCAACCUGGCGCGUCAUUGGCAACCAAAUCAUCUUCAGCCGCAUGAACGAGAGCCUGGCCCUCGGCGCCGAGAACCCGAUGAACUACGACCAGUGGGACGGAUAUCAGGCGAACCGCAACCGCACCUUCCAGGUCCUGUACGAACAGAACGUAGGCAACAACAUCUUUCUCGCGGGUGACUCGCACGCCUCGUGGGUAUCGGAUCUUGUCUGGCUUGGCGAGCACGAGUACGAUCCGAAGACGGGUUCUGGUUCCGUCGGUGUCGAGUUUGCGGGCUCGGCUGUGAGCUCGCCGUGCCCUGCUGGGCAGAACAUUUCGCUGGCGGCGGCGAAUGCGGGAUCUGCGUGGCUUACGGCUGCGAACCGCGAGUUGCAGUGGCAAGAUCUGUUUUACAGGGGCUACUAUGAGCUCAGCAUUGACUACGAUGCUGUGAAUGCCUCAUUCUUUGGUAUUCCUACGACGAGGAUCAAGCAGGGAUACGAGAUCUCGCUCGCCAACUUUACUGUGCUGGCUGGCGAGAAUAAGUUGCAUCGUUUGAACGGUACCGCGGCUAUUGGAGGUAUUGCUGAGAGUGGUAGCUUGAAGAACGGUCGUGUUGUGCAGACGAACCUGACGCAUGAUACUGGCAGCGGCGCGUACCUCAAGUACAACUCGCCUUGAGUCGGUGUUUGUGGAGAAGACUUGAAGGUUCAUUAUCGAUAUCACCUCAACUUAUUGCAUCCCUCUGCCGAUGACUAGCUCUUAUGAAGUUGAGCAAUUUGAAACGGGCCUAGAAACCUCAACCAUGAUUACCUUGUUGUGAGUACCCUUACAUGCGACCAAUAAAGCGUCGGUGCUCUGCUUAGCAUGAACAAUAUCCUUGUGAACAGGUCACUCGAUAUAUAGUGUAC